UUCUCAACAGUUCUCAUUCGGAAGCAAGGUUGAGUUUGCCACCCCCAAUGAGUAGCCAAAGCCGGUCGAGGCACUGGCCUCGGCUAUUCCAUGCAUUGGCAUUUUGCCUCAUUGCCACAUGUGUGUUGGCCGAUUAUGAGCCUUAUACCUACGCAUCGCCCCCUCCCCCGCCGCAGAAACAUGUAGAGCUUCCUCCUUAUCUCUAUAAGUCUCCGCCACCCCCGUAUGUCUAUAAGUCCCCGCCACCGCCUUCACCCUCACCACCUCCUCCAUAUGUGUACAAAUCACCUCCACCACCUUCACCAUCACCCCCACCUCCAUAUGUUUAUAAGUCUCCUCCUCCACCAUCCCCUUCACCUCCUCCUCCUUACAUAUACAAAUCACCACCACCACCAUCACCAUCACCUCCACCUCCCUAUGUAUACAAGUCCCCGCCACCACCUUCGCCUUCCCCACCUCCUCCUUACGUGUACAAGUCUCCACCACCUCCGUCCCCGUCACCUCCACCUCCUUAUAUCUACAAGUCCCCGCCACCACCUUCUCCUUCCCCACCUCCUCCUUACGUGUAUAAGUCACCACCAUCAUUGCCAUCACCCCCACCUCCCUAUGUCUACAAGUCUCCUCCUCCACCAUCCCCUUCACCACCUCCUCCUUACAUAUACAAGUCACCACCACCACCAUCACCAUCACCUCCACCUCCCUAUGUCUACAAGUCCCCGCCACCACCUCCUCCUUCUCCACCUUCUCCUUACGUGUAUAAGUCGCCGCCGCCGCCAUCACCAUCACCUCCACCUCCCUAUGUCUACAAGUCACCUCCGCCACCAUCCCCUUCACCACCUCCUCUAUACUUGUAUAAAUCACCACCACCUCCAUCUCCAUCGCCUCCACCUCCAUAUAUCUACAAGUCUCCCCCACCACCUUCACCAUCACCACCACCACCUUAUGUUUACAAGUCACCACCACCUCCAGUAAAGUCACCGCCGCCCCCAUACUACUAUAAAUCUCCACCUCCACCUUCCCCAUCACCACCACCUCCUUAUAUCUAUAAGUCACCGCCACCUCCGGUGAAAUCACCGCCUCCUCCCUACUACUACCAAUCUCCACCCCCACCUUCUCCUUCACCACCCCCACCUUAUGUUUACAAUUCACCACCACCUCCAGUAAAGUUGCCUCCCCCUUCGUACUACUAUAACUCGCUGCCGCCGCCUUCACAUUCUCCACCUCCUCCUCAAUACUACUACAAAUCUCCUCCGCCUCCCCGGGGCUACUAUUAGGUGGCGAUUUGGUCCCCUUAGAGUGCCUAAGAAGCUGGAGCAAGAAUAAUACCAUUCUUUGGCGAUACACGAGUGCCUAAGAAGCUAGAGCAAGAAUAAUACCAUUCUUUGGCGAUACACUUUACUUGGAAGCAAUUAUUUUUCAUUCUUAUACAAAUGUACUUUUCAAUUUGAUAAGUCCCGAGUGACAAUGAUUGUAUGAUUAAUUCGAGUAAUGAAAGCAUAUCUGAGUUCAGUUUUUAUCCA